AUGAACGGAAAACAAAGAGGAAGAGGAGGAGGAGGAGGAGAAAGAGGAGGAGGAGGAGGAGCGGCUCUCCUGCUGGGUGAUAAUCCUGCUCAACGUCCACAAGCCGUCUGCCCUCUCGGGGUGUUUGGAUCACAAGUGUUCAAUCAACACAGCAACACCGCCCGCCGUCUUCAUCCUCCAAACACGAACAUGAAGGGCAAAGAGAAGCAGGGUCAGGAGCUGGCGGCCUCGAAGAAGACAAAGAUUGAAGCGAGCAGCAGUGAGGAAGAGGACUCUGACGUGGAGAGGAACUUCGCCCUGCUCACUAAGAGAGGAGAAGAAGAAGAAGAAGAGCAGAACGCAGAGGAAGACAUCAGUGAUGAUGAUGAUGAUGAUGAUGAAGGAUCUGAUAGUGGUGAGGAUGAAGAGGAAGAAGAGGAGGGAUCAGAUGUUGGAGAGGAAGAGGAUGAAGACAGUGAAGCCUCUGAGGAGGAAGAGGAGGAGGAUGAAGAGCCAGAGGCCGCUGGAGGAAGCGGCGAGAUCGAAACAAGAGAGGACAUAAAGAACGAACUUUCCAACAUGUCAUUCGAGGAGAUCAUGAAGCUGCAGAACAAAGUGGGAACAAAGGUUUAUAACGAGGUUGCGUACGGCAGCAGCAGGCGCGUCGAGAACGGAAAGAAGAAACGACUGAACAAGAACAGACCCAUGGAGAUCUCAGCAAAGAGACCAGCUCCGUUCCUCCGUCAGGUCGUCUCCGUCAAGAAGCCUAUGUCGAGGGAUCCUCGAUUUGAUGACCUGUCAGGAGAAUACAAACCUGAGAUCUUUGAGAAGACGUACAGAUUCAUUAACGACAUCAAACAAGGAGAGAAAGAGAUCAUCCAGAAGACGCUGAAGAAGACGAAGAGCAACACGAAGGCGGAGAAGCUUCAGUUCCUCCUGAAGAGAAUGGAAAACCAGGAGCGAGCGAGGAAGAGCCGCGAGGAGCAGAGAGAGAGAGAGCUGCAGUUCAAGAGGGAGCAGAGAGAACGAGCCAAUCAGGGAGCUCGCCCGUUCUUCCUCAAGAACUCUGAUAAGAAGAAGCUGCAGCUGGCGGAGAAAUAUCAGGAGCUGAAGAAGAGCGGAAAACUGGAGAACUUCCUGAGCAAGAAGAGGAAGAGGAACGCCGGGAAGGACCGCAGGAAGCUCCCCAAACAGCUGCAGAACCAGCAGACGGCGUGAAGGACAACCCGUCUGUCUGACCUUCAGUCUGUCCUGUAGUGACACGCCUCAGCCUGCAGGGGGAGCUGCUGUCUGAAGGAAUGACUUCAGUCCGACUUUUCUUUCCCUGUCAAUCAUGCUCUGUUGGAGCAGUUCUGUGGUGCAUUCAAUGACACUGGGAAAUCUGAUUAACCACAUCUUUUUGAAGGUUCAUCCUUCACCCGUCUUCAUGUGUGAAUGACGACGCCCUCUGAUGUCACAAACACACCGUCAUUUCGUUGAGAAAUGUAAACUACACAUUUGAUCUCCACUGGACUGAAACGACAGGAGAAUGUUUUCCUGAAUGAUCCGUCUUCAUGUCGUUUAAAGAACCUUUUCAUGUCCGGUCACAGCUGUGCAGAUGUUUCAUUUGAUCUCUGGAAAUAUUAAGCUUCACCUCAAAACUCUGAGUAGUGUCAAACUUUGAAAAUGUUUUUUUUUUUUUUUUUUUUUAAAUAAAACUUUAUGUG